AUGGGACAGAUCUCCUGCAAGAAUUGUAGCACAGGCACUUAUGUUUCAGAGGAACGUCAUCCUGGCAAAACCCCAACUGACUGUCACGCAUGUCCUUAUGGUAAGAGCAAAGUUCCUUUAAAAGAUUCAAAGUUUCUUGGUAUUGCGGGUGGCAGGGUUCGUACUAAGACUUUAAUUCUUUAAAAAAGUCUUGAAAUUUGUCCAGCAAUUUUCCAUACCUGUAAAAGAGUUUGGGAAAUGGAGAGAAAGUCUGGAAAAAUGGCAAAAAGUUCUUUUUUUGUUUUUUUGUUUUUUUUUUUCAAAGCUAGCAACAAGUUCUUGAUAAGUGAAUUUUUUUUUCGUUUUGGUCAAAUCUUAUUCAAUCUCGCCCGUGCGUUUGAAGCGCAUCAUAAAGAAAACAUUUGCUUCCUAAGGUUUUUAAGUUCUCCUUUGAUCACCUAUUUGAUAAUCUUGUGUCUGGAAAAAGAAAUCAUUGUUUUGGAAAAAAAGUCUGGAAGAAGUCUUGAAUUUUGGAUUCAAAAAUCAGUACGAACACUGGAGUGGAGCUAUCACUAAAUGAGGCAAUACCUGCAAACGAUUGAAACGACAUUGAACAAUAUCCACACCAAAACACAAUACCUAACCAACAUUAGUAAACAUCCACUAUUAAUACUUUCGCAAAUCCGUUAUUGUGAUUACCUAACGUACUCAGUUACCAUGAUGACGGCUCAAACUAGUUCAGUAAAUCGAGCCAAUCAAUAGCGCGAAAAUAAUGGUAUUAGCUAAUCAGAGAACUGGAAACAAUUCAAAUGUAUGCAUGUAUGUAUGUAUGUAUGUAUGUAUGUAUGUAUGUAUGUACGUACGUACGUAAGUACGUAUGUAUGGAUGGAUGGAUGGAUGGAUGGAUGGAUGGAUGGAUGUAUGUAUGUAUGUAUGUAUGUAUGUAUGUAUGUAUGUAUGUAUGUAUGUAUGUAUGUAUGUAUGUAUGUAUGUACGUAUGUAUGUAUGUAUGUAUGUUUUCUUGUUGGCUGCAGUUAAUCAAACUGCACGUCUUAAUAUAACAUUACAGAAUAGCGCCUAUUGAAACUAUUUUGACCUGAUGAAAUAUUUUAAGGAUUUCAGCCAGUAGAAUGGCGUGUCUGUAAAACCAGGAACAGGUUCGGAACACCCCAGAAAACACCGACCCAGAACAUCCCGAAAAUCCCUAGAACACCCUGGAACACCCCGGAACAUCCCUCUGAUAGGAUGGAACCCCCGGAACACCCUAAAUUACAAAAAUAAGACAAAGAAAAAUUUCCAACACCAAAAGUUUGAAAAUAUUAUCAAUGAAUAAUUAAUAUGUUUUAUUUGUGACUGAAAAAAGGUAGAUCACAUAGGUCAGAUUGACGAACUCACGCUGCUUAAAGUGCCCAUCACCAAAAAUUUUUUAUUUUCUUAUCUGAAACUAUACCUUAUUAAAAUAACUUCUGCGAAAAAAUUUUGCGAUUUGAACAAAAGCCGAUUUUUUUACAAUUUUUUGAAGUCUACAUUUUUGCGGUACACCCGCGCCGCUGAUCACGCAAACUUGCAGGCUCGGCUAUGACGUCAUGUGACGUAAAUUAAGGAACUCGCUUUACCUUGCCUUCACUAGCUGUACACAAAAAAGAUCGAUUACAAGUAAGGAUUGAAUCGCUAUGUCUUCGCAAGAAGAAAGUUGUUUUGAAACAGAAAGUGAAAAAUCAAGAAGUGAAGACGAGACCAUCGAGGUAGAAGCGGUCGUAUGAGAAACAGAAAACAACAUACAAGACGAUUGGCUCGAGCCGUACGCAGACGAGCCUUUAGCUGAUCAAUGGCUGCAAAACAGUCGGUGUGAACAAGCUGAAAGAGAUCAGUUGGAAGAACUUAGAAGAGCUGGAAAAGAGUCUUGAAAACGGCGUUCGUGUGGCUGACUGGUAAGUUUUCUUGAUAGUUCUGCGGGCUACUGCUUCGAACGUUCAGCAGCAACAAAAGAACUAUAUAUCUUCUACAUUGCUCUCGAGUCAGUUUAGAAGCUUUUCAAUGUUUGCGGCAUUACUCGCGUCUAUAUUUUACGUUUACGUGUACUUGUGGAAUUUGUAGCAGUAAUCUGUUCAUACACAUUAGUGAAUGCUAUUGCUGCAAGGAGCUGGAAGGUUGUGUUGAGGCCCAUGUCGAGUGAAGUUGUCCGCGAAGAACCCUUCAUUUUCUUUACUUCUCGGGGUUACUUGUACAACUUUAAUGUAACACUGAUAUUGACGUAUAAAAUCUGUUCUACAGCAGUAGCAUUUCUUUUACAUUUGUUGUAGAUAUCUCCGAUCAAUUGCUUGCCGGGAGUUUACGAGACUUGUCUAUGAACACCUGGGAAAAAAAGGAUACCACUCCCUGCCUGUGCAUAUGCUGCUAUUCAGAAAUCAUUUCUUACCAAGGAGGACGAGCAACUAGCUGGUUUUCAGUUAGAGGAAGAUUAAGUUCCCCUACAGACAUUCAUUUAGUCAAUGCAGCUGAGUACAUUUAAGUAAGGGUAGCAUGGAAUUUGGGGCUGUCACAAGUUGUAUGGCCACAUGAUGAAUUUUUUUAUCACAUUUUUUCACAUUUUUUUCAAGUUUUUUCAAUGCUAUGAACAUCUUGAGCCUGAACUUGAAAUUAAGGUUAUUUAUUUCAAAGUUGUAAAAAGCCAAUUUGCUUUCAUUGAUUUCCAUCCAUUUAAGGAGACUUGUACCUAUUCCCCUGUAGUUUAAACUUGGAACUAACUUUUUUUUCAAUGAAUUGUAAUUAUCAUUCAUUGCAAAUUUUCUUUCCUUUUCAAUAGCUGCGUGCACACCACGUGACCUGCAAAUAACUGCCUACAAAUGAUGGUCUACUUAAGGACAAUGUCAUCCAACUUUGCUUUGCUGCAAAUAAAAAAACUGGUGAUUGAAUGACAAAACAAUAUUAUUGACCUCAGUUAUUGCAAAAUAUAGUGAUUUGUCAGUGUCUCGCAGAUCAAUAAUAAAUAUUAUUUGCCUCAGUGUUUGGCUUUCAUCUGCUCGCCACUGACAAUCACAAAAUCUUGCUCAACGUUGUCCAAUUAUUGUUAAUUUUUAAAAUCAAUAUUUUAUCGGGAAGUUCCAAUCUUCUCUUUUAUUAAACUGUAAAUAACAGUAGUGAAGACAAAUGACAUGUGGUCAACUUUGCUAUUUGGUAACAGUUCAAAAUCUCUAUGCUCCAUGUAGAAACUGCUGUCUGGUUUCUCUACAAACAUACCAACCUUUAAAAACAUUUCGUUCAAGAUGACAAUUAAAUGCCAUGGGCCUUGGGAUUUUUGACCAACGGCAAUCACUCUAAAAAGUAAAUUCUUUUCAACUUGGAAAUCAGGACAACCAAAAAAUUGGGGAUAUUGAUUGAUGUGUGGUCAUUUUAAAAAAAUUUCUUUAGGAGUGUUGACAAUAAUAUGACUUAAAUAUGACUUAUUUCAAAAUAGAGUGCCAAUAACUGAGUAAAAUUUCUGACUAGAUUAGGAGAUCAACUUUUUUCUGUAAAGAUUCCCUAGUAUUUCACAUCUGUUUAUAUAACAAAUCACUUUUCUUCCAUUUUUAUGCAGAAUAAAAAUGUCUUAUUCUUUAUUGUUUCUUGGACAAUCUAAGACGGCACUAUGUCCUCUCAUUGGCUUCUUGCAUAAAGAGCAAACAGGGCGUGCUCUUGCAGGCCGUUCUCUUUGUUCACCCCAUGUCUGAUUUGGCACUGCAAUAAAAAAUGUAUUGAGAUAAGGAUAGAUGAUAGAAUAAAAUGUUCCUUUUUCUGACAGAGCGAACCUUCAUUUAAUUAUAAUUCGUUGCUUAUGCAAAGGACCCUGAAAUGACUUCUGCACAGGUUGUCUAAACAGCAGCAAACAAAAACAAGUCCUCCUCAGGACUACACUAAAGCAGACAAUCAUACAACAACGCAUGAAAAGACUCCUGGGUUCAAACCAUUUGCUAAAAAAUAAGGGGAUUGAUCACCAAGCCUCCCCUCAAGGGAAUUGAUCAGCCUCACUAGGUUCACCCGUCAUCAAUCUACAACUUUAGAUUUUAAACAAUGCUGCUUUAAGUUCCAAAAAACAUACCAGAUGGCGCUGUGGGGGGAACAGCUGUUGUAACCAUGUUCAUCCUCUUUUCUCUCAUCCUGAUGGCCUCUUCCCUGGGCUGUUUAUCCAGCAUGCUGUUCAUUGGCUGAGGAACCAUUUUCUUCAUGUCAUUGCAUGCAUCUUGAAGUUGCUGUUUGCUUAGGGUCAUGUAAAACUUGAAGAGUUCUCCAACAUAGUCUAAAUGUUCAUUGAAAGAAAACAAGGUAAUAAUUUUUGAAGAAGUAUGAAACAAAAAAAGUAGAAUGAUACUCAGAAAGCUAUUUUAACUGUUGGAUGAAUGGUGGUUAAAUACCAAAGUUUGGCUCAAUCUUGCGGUUCCGCACAGUUGCUUCGCCAUUCUUGAAUUUGGGGAAUGUCACUUUCAGCGAGACACUUCCAUCUUGAUUAACUUUGUCAUCACGGUGUAAAUUGAAGUUAAAAUGUAAUGCAGCUAGUAUGUGCCUACAGCAUGAGAACAAUAUGCAUAUCAUCAAAAGUUGCUAAUAUUUUUAUUUAAAGAGCAAUGAUAGUAUUUUAAAAGUUUCAUUUUCCUGGCCAAGCAAACAAAAAAUAAUACACUAUUGUUCAACUGGCAAAUAAACCAUUAAUAAUCUGUAGAGUCUUUAAUGCUAGGGGAGGUAUAUAUAAGAUGCUAUUACACAGUCAAAAAGUAACAUUUUAGCCUACCUGCAGAACAUUCCAAGAUAGGAAUAAGCAAUAAUCUUGGGUGCAAAGAAGUUAAGGACAGAAUGAAACCCUUCCAGGCAGUCUGUCUGGGCAUACAGGAAUGCUUUCAUGAUUCCCUUCUUCAGGCUGUCAGAGGUCAGGGCUUUCUUUACUUUCUCAUAUACUAAGUGAGCUAAAAAUAGAAAUAUUGUAAUUAAAAUAAAAUAAACUCGUUUCAGACAUUUACUUAAGAGUAAAACAACAACAUGGAUCUCCAACGGGGCAAGUGUAAACAGGGCCUUUGACCUAUGUGAGGCACUUUCCUGAUGUGAAAGUGAAUAGAUAUUAUCAUAGAUGUUCUAUUGAAUCUACAGUAAGUGUACAUGACCUGUAAGAAAAGCUUUGAAUUUUUCACAAAUUUACUGUAAAUGUCAGGAUCUGCCAAAAGAAACAAUUUCUUGAAUUUUCAGUAUGAUGCAAGCAAAUAUUAAUCAUGUUUAACAAAAACUCGACAUAUGCUACACACAAUUGACAUUGGAGGCAAAAUUAUGUUCAGUUUUUCGUCUUGGACAGUUAAAAUGGAAUAUAGAGCUUAAAAGACAUGUAUAAUACAAAUUACACAUACCAGGAUUGAUCCAUGUCCUAUGAUCACAAAAAGACUGCCUAGGACGAAAGCGAAAAAAAAAGAAAAAAAUCCAACAGCAUCUUACCACUUCUAGCUGCGUACUUGAUGAAGGACUACAAAAGCUCAUGUUGAUGUUGCAGACUCGUUGAGUGUUCUCAAACGAGACUUUGCAGAUCUUACAAGCUGUUAUAAUUAUAGACAAAAACAAGAAAGAAAAUUAAGUGUGUAACUCUGUGCAUAUAUCGGAAAGGAGUCUGAAUCCUUGCCAUUUGUAAAACCACCAAAAGCACGUGGUAAUAGGUAAAUUUUCACACAUUUGCGUCGGUUGCUUACCAUGCGCUUCUCCCUCUUGGAAGGUGGUUCCUCUGAUUCUUCUUUCGCGUGUAUUGUAGAAAAUACACAAGUUCCUAUAUCGUCGGACCUCAGUGAAUGUUUCAAAUCCGAAUCAGGCGAAAGUUGAAGUUGUCCUCUCUAAAAUGAAGCGAACACAAGGAGGACGUCUUCCCCGGAGUCCAAUCUUUCCUCUUCGAAAGCACAACGCCAACCCAUCGCUUUCGCCUUCUUUGGGCUGUGGGGUUAGUCGACCCAAAAAACGGUAUUUUAUGCAUACUAAUUCCCUUCUUAGGGUUAGACACAUUGCUACAUCUCGCCGCAACGCACCUUUCUGGCAUUUUGACCUUUUGCACGGGAUAAAGUGAACUUUCACGAAGAGAAACCUGCCAGAACUCUUCAAUGUUUACCUGCGAUAAAGUCACAUGUUCCUUAAAGUACGUCAUAUGACGUCAUACUCCGAGAGAAGACUAAGACGAAUGGUGUGUAAAAUGGCGGCCAAUUUGAACGUUUUCAAAAAAUUGUAAAAAAAUCGGCUUUUGUUCAAAUCGCAAAAUUUUUUCGCAGAAGUUAUUUUAAUAAGGUAUAGUUUCAGAUAAGAAAAUAAAAAAUUUUUGGUGAUGGGCACUUUAACGACUUCUGUAGUCUCCCUCGCAGGCGUUUCUGCCUUGUCUUUGCCUGGGAAGAGCAUUGCGGGAGAUUUGUGUUGUGCGAAUUAAACAAAGAAAAAAUCACCUUAAUUUUGGGAACAGGGGUCUUUUUUGCGUAAGCAUGCGCGACCGCGACUUGAUAAAGAGCACACAACCAGUGACAGCCACCGUGGUGAAUAGUCAUAGGAACCAAAUUCUUCACUUUAAAAGCUUGCUUGAGAUUCAAAUGGUAGCAGGAACGUAGGAGAGAUCUUCGUUGUACAAAAUAAGUAAAGAUCUGAUGAUUUAAAGUGGAGACGAAUGCGUUGAACAAGGUGAAAGAGCAAGUUUCUCAAGGAUGUCUGACACGAACAUGGCUGCUUGUUGUCGUUCGGCGCUCGACUCGUGUCUUGAUUCCCCUUGAAGAACCUUAACGUUUGGCAUAGAAUGCAUUGCUGAUGGGUAGAUAUCAAGCAAAAUAUUCUUUAUUUAGUGUUUGUCUAUAAAUCGGAUGUAAAUUGUUUCACGAUGCCGUAGAGGAUUUUUGUCAAUAAUUUGUGGAUAACUGAUUUAGCCAUAUUUCAGGAGUGGGUUGAUAACGAUCAGCAGGCGACUACCACGCCGCGUGGGGUAAUUUUCACUCGCGCUCGCGUUUCCCUCGCUCUACUAUCCAUGAGGAAAAAUGGGGAGUACUCGUAGACUAUCCUCGGUACUUCGCUCCUCGUUGACGCGGCUUCGCCGCGAACCAUCAGUAUCAAUGAGAAAAAAAUAUCCUCUGGAACCCAGGGUACACAUUUUGUUAAAUCACGAGCACAUUCGCCAAGACCAAAGAGCAAAAUAAUCUCGAUAAUAGCUUUGAGACGCGCCAUCUUUAUGAAGGCAGACCCUGUGGUGAGCCUCCAUGCAAAUCGCUUGUUCAGCGGUCGCGCAUGCUCAUGCAAAAAAGACCCUGUUGGUAAAAACUAGGUACGUGUAAGUGUACUGCUACCGCGGUGGGCAGUCCGGUUAAAAGUCUCCAAAUAUUCUAAAAUUACAAUGGCUGCUUCGUACUAAACAGCUUUGUUGGGAUUCAUGGAUUAAAGAACGAGGUAUAUUACAUGACUGUAAAGUGUUGUUGUUUGGGUCCAUGAGCUUUAAAGAACAUCGAUUACAUGUGGAUUCGCCCGACAUGGAUUUGUCGGCGAAAAAGGAGUGAGCGUCAAGGUGACAGUAGCAGCAUAUGUGGAUCAACAGCAUUUUCCAGUUAUGACUUCAUACAAAAUAUAUUCAAGAUCGACGUGGCAAUCGUCGAGAUUACUAAGAUCGUUCAGAACGCUGGACCUAUUUUAGCAAUUGCAACAAUAUAAUCCAGGCAAAAAGCAUCUUUGAAGAAAGGGGGUUCGAAGAGCCCUCUAUCCUAACUUUGAAGCUUUCUUUGUUUGUUUGUUUUUGUGUUUUUUAUUAUAUAACUGGAUUUUUGAAAACCGAGUUAGCAAAAAAAAUCAACUCAUUCUACUACUUGCCAAUUUAAAACAAUAAAAAAUCAUUCAAAGGCCAAUUAAAAGCCUUUCUCUGACGCCAGGCAGUAAGUUAGAGGUCCCUAGAAGCAUUUCAACGAGUCCAAAUUUAAAAUGACGCACAUUUUAGAACAUUUACUGAGUAAUCUGACGCCGUGAAGUUUCAAACCGGUGUCACUUCAGUCUCGAAAUUUUAUAACUUGAAUGGUGAACUACAGCCAAAAAGUACAUGGUUAAGGCUCACAUACCAACUUAAAUAGUUAUCAAAACACCACUAUUUUCGCGGUCCGAUAAUCGACAGGAUUUCGCAUAGAAUAGACAACAAACUAAUUGAAACAAAUAGUACAAAAUUAUCACCUUAUCUGCAAAAACCGACCUAAAUGGUUCAAAGCCAAGAGCUCGCUGAAACUAGACUUAGAUCCAAUUUUCCUGUGUCUAGAAUUGGUUUUGCAAGGUACAAUCAGCUAAGCUAAACACCGACGAAAUGUUUUUGUGGCUGGCACAGAAUAUUUUGGUGCCGACAGCUCAACCACGCGACCACACACCUGAGUUCUGCCUGUCAACACCAUGCGGAAAUCACACAAUCACACACUUUCGCGGCACUGAUACGACUAUCCACAACCACGUAUAAUCUUCUCACGUUCAACGCAAGUCAAAUAUCAUUAAAAAAAAAAAAACUCGGAAAAACUCAGCCUAUUGGCAGAUAAACACCUCUUGACUUUUCUCUUACACUCGUCUUAUUCAAGUUUCCGGAUGUACAGUCACACGGUCGGCAGACCAGCAUAGACCCUCUUUCCACACCAAAAAAAAAAAAAAACUAACUCUCGAUAUUGGAAGAUGCAGACUCCGCGAAUCGUAUUAACUUUAACCCAUCUCAGAGCUUUACAUGAUGUCCUCCAAGAAACUUUUCUCAAGGUGACCAAUAACGAAAUGUGAACUGCUUAACCGCAAAGAACCAGCUUUUUCAUAGGCGCGCACUGAUUUUAAAUAACUGUCACUUGUGUUAGACAGAGAAUUGUGGGUAGGGACGAGAAAAAAGUGCAAAAAGGGAGGGAGGGAGAGUGGGUUGGGUAGAAAUUCGCGAAAAUCUGGCUACAGCCACUCCUACAAAAAUCCCUAACCACAAAACAACCAAAAAAAAUGACAAGUAAACAACACAGUAAACAAGCUAAGACAGCGGAAGCUGAGAGAAAUUACAAAAUGUUUGCUAGCCCUGUUUUCAUAAAUCCAGGCAGAUAUAUAGAUUUAAGUUAAAACAGUUAAAUAAAUACAAUAGUUACGUAAACCAUUUUAAACUAUGUUAUUGAGAUUUUGCUUGUUCAGUGGUUUGAAGCUCAGUGUUUCAAAUUUCUCAGUACUAAAUCGUUUUACUUGUAUAUGGGUAGGUACACUUUCCAAUGAAACUGCUGGUCAUCGCGCAUGCAAAUGCCUUCGCGGAUUUUACCGCAUGGAUCGUUUUGGCCCCUGCUCUGAAUGCCCUGCUCACGGUCUAAAGUGUGUCAACGAUACAGCAAUUCUAGCACCAAAUUAUUAUUGGAAAUGGCCAAGCGAAAAGGAAAAACGGUUCUAUAGAAACUUCCUUGAAAAUAUUUACACACUGGAGCCUCCAUACGACAAAAGAUUCUCCAGCUUUCAGGGAACGUUACCCCAGCCCCAAAAAUGUCCAUAUCCUAGAUCCUGUAAUGGCGGAGUUGAUUCAUCCUGUCAAGACAAAUUCAAAGGAAUUUUAUGUGCCUCAUGCUCUAUCAACCACUACCUCCGAUUUAACACGUGCCUGGAAUGCCCAAGAAUGGUUAACACAGUCAUAUCAUGCGUAGUCGUAAUUCUGGUAUUUGUUGCGGUGUUUUUAGUGGUUCUUUGGGGUGACUCGAAACGCACAGAAAACAAUCGUACGGUUGCAGAUGUCGUUAUGUCUUGUUGCAAAAUUGUUAUUGGAUUUUAUCAAGUCAUUGCUGGAAUUUUUUCUGCGCUUGUGUAUGUUCGAUGGCCUGUUAUUCUAAACUCCAUGGAAAAAUAUUUGAACUUAGUUGAGGGUAACAUACUGAAGUUCGCACCUUUAAGCUGCAUUUACUCUAAAUUGCGUCCAGAUCCAUUCCUACAAUUUUCUCUCGCUGUUGGCAUAAACAUAUUUGUUGUUUCCCUUAUUCUUCUCUACCUCUUCCUGAAGAAACGCUACAUAAACAAUAUGGAGGAUUCAAUGAGCGAAAAGAUGAUCCAAAUAUCGAGGCUGAAAAAGUCUUGCUACCGCAACAUCUUCUUAUUUCUUCUGUUGUCUUACCCAGUGACAAGCAAGAAGAUCGUUGACAUUCUGCCCUUGCCUGGUGUAUGUGUCAACGUGUGCUUCAGUAAAAGCGAUUGUAUCUCCCUACUGAGGGCUGAUUACUCCAUCCACUGCUUUACGCCUCGGCACAAGAUCUUCUGGAAAAUUGCUGCAGUAUUUGUCUUUUAUCCUAUUGCAUUUCCGUUAAUGCUGCUGCUUCCCAUUUUUAAAUACCGACAGGCGGAAACGGAGAAAGAAAUUGCCUUCGGCUUGAGGGUGUUUUUUGAAAAUUACAAGGAGAAAUACUGGUUUUGGGAAACACUUGAAAUGUACCGCAAACUUCUCCUUAUCUCCUUGAUUCUUCUUUUUGGGUCAGAAAGCCACUCUCAGAUUGGUUUCACUUUGGUCAUAACAAGUGCCUCGGGGAUAGCCUACACCCUUUUUAGGCCCAUCAAAGGAAAGUUUGAAGAUCGUCUCCAAACGUUUGUGCUUUGGAUAACAUUUUUCAACGUUUGCCUUGGCUCUUUAUAUGGUCAGUCUGAUGGAAGGAAAAAACACGUGGAAAACGACUCCAUUUUCAUCAAUGUUUUGUUCCUUCUCCUUAACAGCUCCGUCUUGAUCCUGGCUGCAGGUGAGUUCUGCCUUUCAGAGACUCCUUAAUGUAACUAGUGAAAUUUUUCUAUAUUUCGUAGAAGUAUUCCUAUGAAUGCUGAAUGAUCAGUCCUGUGGAAAAAAAAAGGAAGAAGGAUACGUAUGCGUCAAAAUACACUAUUUCAAAGCAGGGAAUAGUACGUGCGUUGAAAUGUUUACCUUUGAAAUGGCCUACUGCAUUUAAUAUCCCUACCCCCCGGUUGUGGUUCUACCUUUUCUUCUUACUCCAGGAGAUUAAAUGAAAUUGCAUUCACCUCUGAAAACUUCCAUAAAAUAUUGGUUUACCCCUAAGAAUAUGGGUCCUACCCCGUCCAACCGGGUGGUGCUGGGGGGGGGGGGGAGUAUUAGAUAGCCCAAUUGCGGUUGCAGAUGAAUAUCACCAAAGUGGAGAAGUUUGUACGAUUCAGUGAACUAUGGGGACGAGUUUAUCGGGGAAAUGGGUUUGGCAGAGCCACGUUCUUUUUUUAAAAAAAAAAAAAAGUUUAGUGUCAGCGCAGAAUCAGCGCAGUAUCUUCAAUAAAUACAACCAGAGUGAAAUAUAAAAACGUUCUUAGUAUUAUAUAUUAUAUAUAAUACUAUAAUAUAGUAUUAGUAUUAUAUAUAACGAACUGAAUACACCAGAGCAUUUUGGAAAUUCAAAAGAGCUCUUAAGGGCGCCCAGAACGGCUGGUACUUGAGUCUAUUACUCUGUGUAAUGAAAUUGUUCUUUUAGCAUAACAUGUAUAAACAAUGUGAGAUUUCCCACAGUUCCCAAUUCGUAAUAGCCCAUUUCGGAAAAGAAUGAUAGCCUGGGACCAAAACUAAGCGCUCGCGUAUUUAUGGGAUUGUUUGUGGGGACAAAAUGAGCAGCCACCUUGUGUUAUGACGAGGCAUGCAAGUUGUUGUGUGCCUUUGUGAACAAGUAACUUCAGGAACUCCCCUGGUCUGGCAUUCUAUAGAAUACCAAAGACAAGACGUAUCCAGCGAGAAUAUGUACGUUUGUUUCGGAACGCUAAUUUGAAGUUGAACUCCGAUAGCACACGGAUUUGCAUUCUUCUAGUUUUUCUCGAAGUAAAAUCUCCCAGGCACAUCUUCCUUCAGCUUGACAUUUUCAUGUUUUUUUUUCUUUCAAUUCCACCUUCCUUUUUGUUAUUUUGAAUUGUUUUAACUCCGCUUAAAGAUUCCACUCCGCUUUCCGCCAUGUUUGUUUACAUUCACGUCGCCCCCAAAUAAUCCCAUGAACUCGUGCGCGCCUAGUUCGGGUCCCAGGCUAUCACUCUUUUCUGAAGUGAGCUAUGUUCGAUUGCCUUUGUUCUGCAAACCAACAGUAUGUCCAGCUGAUGUUUGUUGUGUAUUCAACUGUAAGUUACCCGAAUUGAACGUUCUUAAUAUCCCCCGUUGCAUUUCUUAACAUGAUUUUUCUCCAAAGGGCUCCUUCAAAGGAAACGACGGGUUCUGGGAACGAGAAGUCUAAAGUCUAUCUAUUUCCGUUUCCGGUACCUGACCCAUUCUAAUAAAAAUCGAGUUUCUUUCCGUGUCUAGGCUUCUCGAGCAUUGACUUUAUGUUGUGUUCUCCUGAAGUCAAACGCAAAUGUAAUUGAUGCAUGAGUUAAAAGCUUUGUAACAAAUUGAAGCAACUACGGGAAGCCACUGUGUUAUUGUUGCCGUGGUGUCAGCUUCUGAUGUUUUAAGAAAAUUCGAGCUUCUGGCUUGUUGUAAUCACCAUCAUCAUAAGGACCAUCACCAUCACAAGAUGAUUCGGGCUAGUAAAUCAAACACGACACCCAGUAAUUUAUCCGAUUUCCAGAUAACGAGAAGUGGGUUGAAAAACGAAGUGUAACCAAGCUAAUGUUUAAUUAAGUCCCAUUUCUAGAUUAUUUAUCGGAUGAAACACUGGGUGGAGUGUUUGAUAUAGCUUCGUAGAUGAAUAAUAAUUUUUGGAUUGAUGAAGAAAUUCAAAGCUAAAGUUCACAUUUUUUUAUACGGUAAUUAAGAACCGAUAUCCAAUCCUCGCUGUAGUGGUUCCCUUUGUUUCCUUUUCAUGAGUUAUUUUUAAAAUGAGUUGGGAAAUAACAAUUAUAUUUUAGUUCACGAUUUUGAAGAGGUGAAUCUGCAAGGGGCGAAUUUUCUCUACCUUCUACAUGUAUUUUCAACAAUGCUCUUCAUCAUUCUGAUUAAUGAUGACCUUUUUUGCUUUUCUUUUAGUUAAGGGAUUCCUUUACUUGAAGUCUACUUGGAGAAAAGUGUCUUCCUGCCUCAAGCAGUGUUUUUACCUGGUUUGCCACCCCUGGUGUGGAUGUAGUUGCGGACAACAGGAAAAUGCUAAUGAGUACAUACUCAUCCAAGAUGAAGAUUGA